AUACGACAAAUAGUGGAUCAUUUUCAAGUGUUGUAGUAUCGCAAACUGAACCCUUUGGAAGCAAUGACGUUAAUAUUUUGAAAAUCAUUAUAAAGGCUACCGAGUUGACAGACAACAGGCGUUUCAGUCGAGCUGUUAUCAACGUACACAUUAACCCAUCAAAUAUGUCGUGCUUUGAAAAAGAAAUAGUGAAUACAUGUGCAAUGAAACCAUGCAGUAAUGUUGCCGCGGUAGUGGGAGCGGUUUUAGGAAUUCUGUUGGCCCUUGUCAUCAUUAUUCUAGUGGUGCUCAUCAUAAAACUGAGAAAACAAGGUGGCAUGAAAGAACAACAAACUCCCGUCCAGCAAAACAAUGGACUUUCUCCUGGACAAACAGUUGAAAGCAGACAGUCAUCUAGAGAGUAUGAUGAAAUCGGAAUGAGAUCACCCGAAAAUCCUUAUGACGAGUUACACAAUGGCAACCACUAUAUGGAACAUAUCUGAAUUCCAAGGAGAAAAACACAUUUUAGAAUGUUAAUUCAUUUACAACAUGUAUGUUUAUAACCCCCAAAAAUUGACAUUUUGUGUGCAACUUAUUCAAAGAAAGGCAAAAGAACCUAACGUCACAGUUUCCUAAAAGUUGAGCAAAUACGGCUUAAGAUAUUUUUGAAUGGGGUAGAAAAACCAUAGAUUUGAAUAAUUCAACAUUUUAUUAACGUAUGAAGUUCAGCUGAACCCUGUCAGACGGAAAUGUAUACCUUUCAAUCAUUUUAUGUACCGAACUCGGUUGACCUAUAGUUACUGAGGAACUCAUAUAAUCACGAAAUACAUCGGGUAUCCCUAUCCGAAACCCACAGAGGGAUCCGAGUCCCAAGGAACAGUUACACAAGACCGCUAACGGUGGGUAGGUAAAAUUUGGAUCAUAUUCCCCCGGAGGAUUAUGCUCCAUGGGAAUCGGAUCAAAAUUUUACUUAACACACCGCUUGUAUUUUUCGUGUAAUUACUCCUCGGGAUUCGGAUCCCUCCACAGAUUUCGGAUUGGAAUACCCGGUGUGCGAAACCUUUCGCUGAUCACUGAACCAUGAAUUCAACUCAAUAUCUGGUAAACACUGUCUUACGGACAAAGAUACAUUGCAAGCAAUGCAUCUAUUUACCAAAUACUUUUGUUCUUUAACUCAUAACUGACAAAAUCAAGAGGUAAAUAAACACUAAACAGUAUUCUAAAAGGCCACUGAACCAUGAAAAUGAGGUCAUGGGCGAUGGACAUUUAACAGAGUGAAACCUUAGACCAUAAGGCAUCUGAUUACUCUAUCAUCUGAAAUAUGUAAUGCUGUAUACAAAAAGCGUAUGUCGCCUCCGCCACCGAAUUGGCAUCCAAAUUUCUCGCAUACUGUCACAUUCGUUGCAGGCGAACCAAUAAUAAAAACCCCAUUAAAGAAUUCAUGAAGUUGGCAAAGCACUUAACCUGCUUCCAUAAGAUAAAAUGGUGGCUGAACUAUACACAACAACUUACACGAAGAUAAAAUCUGUACAUAAAGCUUGAAUAAAUUUUGAACAAGAUUGAUAUGAAAUAUAAAAUGAUUUUAUCUUUCUGAAACACUAAAUGUAUGUAACUUUUAAAUAGCUAUUGGAUGCUAGGCCUUUUAACUUUUCCAGCUGCACAUUUUGACCGUAUUCAGAGUAAUUUUAGAGGAGUAAACACAGCCAUUUUUGUGCAAUUUUUAUGAUGAACCUUAUAAGAUAGGCAAAAGUAACCAAAGGGACAUCCAAACUCAUAACAUCAUGGCAAAAAACAAAAAACGACGAAGGACCGACAACAUUACACAGAAAAAACUUAGAUCUGAGCAACACGAACUCUACCCGGGGGUGAUUUCAGGUGUUGCGGAAGAGUAAGCUAAUCCUGCUCCACAUGUGACACCGUCGUCUUGCUCAGGUAAGUACAAAUCCGGUGAUAAGUCUAAUUCGGAAGGUCACACUCGAGAAAAAGAGGACGGGAUUGUGGUUACGACAACAUAUCCGUCGUCAUCUGUGAAAUAGAUAUUCCAUAACUGUCAACUAACUCGUGGUGGCGUCCCUAAAACUUUCGAAGGGAUGAUUUCAACUUCUCUUCUUAGAACUCUUGGUUUAAUAGCUUCCUUUUUAGCAGCAAACCUGUAUCAAGGAAAUUGGGAUAGGAAAUGCAAGCUCUGGAAUAACGUAUCAACUGGGAGAUAUACACUUCA